GAACUUGGGAAGGAACAAUCGUCCUCCCCCGAAUCCUUUGGACCGCCUACAGGGGCCGAUAUCCACCGAUAUAACCACAUCCACGAAAGAGACUGCUGUAACGUGACAGCAAACAGCAGCCUGACUCGGCACAACAGAUCAUGUUCAAGUUGUUGACCAUGUUCGAGUUGUUGACUAUGUUCAGAUAAUUGCUCUGCACGCUAUAAGGUGGAGUAAUCAUCCCUGCCUUCCACAGAGAACAAUGAGAUUCAGACCCCUUGCCAUGGAAUUUCGAAUGCACCGGUACUACCCCAACACAAGGCGUUAGUAAUAGCCAAGCAUUUACAAAAAUGGCAUAUCAAUGUCGCUAAUGGAGAGACAAGACCGCUACUAAGCGGGAAAGUAAUGAAAAAUGGAGGAUGGUCGCUUGAAGCGGCGGGAUAAAGUGUAUAGGAAUGAUAUGUGAUCACACGUGUGCAGUUCACGGUGAUGUUCUCGAAGAAUCAUCAACUCCAAUAAUGGCGAACGAAGCAAUGACUACAGGAGUAAUGAAGAUAAGCCCGCGACUGUAAACGAUUCAUUUUACGAUAAUAACGCCCCGCUUUAUGCCUCUGGGUUUGUUCCCCGUUUGCCUUCAACGGGUCAUCUUCCAUUCACCGUUUCUUCUCUUCGUUACAAGUCUAUUAAUCCGUCGUAUAUGGUUAAUGUGUUCAACCUUCCUAAUCAGGUGUGAGUGAUCAUGUUUGUGCUUUCCUCCAGCACGAAGGUAUAAAACGAGUACAGCUCAUCUUUGUAUCGUCAGUUCCCCAUUCUUCACUACCAAUAUUCACUCCGUUGCUGUGAUCACCGCCGCACCCAUCAUCUAUUUCUCAGCCCCAGUAUCUUGAAUUUCAUUUACCAUGUCUUCCGAAGUUGAAGCCGCUUCUGCCGUCGAACUUGCCUCAAUCCCUAAUACCCCCGCCGCAUUUUUUGUCCAGGCCGCAGCCGAGAGCCCCGACUUGGCCGCUGACAUUGAAGAAGUACAGGAGACCGCGUUUGGAAAAGAACGUGGUAUUACAGAUGGAGCUCUUGCAGUUGCGGCCGUCAAAGGGCGUUUGACUUUUACUGUCGAUAGCGUCAGUGGAGUGGGAAAGCACUCCGAGGGCCGUGACAAGUCCGGAACUGGUGCUUUCAAGGGAUCUAAAAUCCCCACCAACAUUGUCGGUGGCGGUACCUUCACCUUGGAAAUUCAGAGGACUAAGGCGACGUUGACCUUGAAAAGCAAGACCGGGAGCGUGACGCACGUUUACCAUGGUACCGGAUUAGAGAAGGGCUUGACUGGCACUUGGGUCGGUAGCUGGUAAAUUUCCGUCUCGAAAUCUCUGCCGUGCAAUUUCCAGAAAUAUAGUCUAGUCAUAUGUACAAUAGUUCUGCUCUGUUGACUAGCUAUAAAAUGAAUCGUGUCGUUUUCCCUA